CAAAGCCUUGAUCAAUCCGGGGGAGUACGUACCGGUAAGCGCCGUUAGCGUGGUUUUUGCUUCCACGUCAGGUGAGCUGGGAGGCUCGCGCGUGGGAAAAUCACUCGAUGGGAUUGCUGUCAUCCGUCUGUGUCAAGAUUUAAGAACUGCUUCUCCUCUGCCCCCAUCAUGAUCCCAUAGGACCGAGAGAACACGGACCGGAGGCUGUAUUGGUGAGAAGAUGGGUCUUCUCAGCGGUCACGUGUAUCUGUAAGCGGCAUAAUUCGAUGGUCCACCGUCUGACAGUUUUUGCCAUGCCAUGCCCUGCGCCAUGGAUCACAGCGGUCAUCAUUUCUCGACUUUCGAAACGCCCGCCACGGAUGUCUCCCUCGUCGGCUAAUUUCGACCUCGGACGCAACUGGGACGAUCUGCACCGCGUUGAUCGUCGCAUCACAGAUAUUGCGCAUGCUUACUGCAUGAUGGAAGGGAUUCUCGACCCUUCUAUGUCUCGGAUUGUUUGAUACCGUCCAUUGGAUCUCUAUUAUAGGGAUGGAGGUAUCCAUCCCUGCGGAUCGUCAAGCCGGCGCCUCUCUCUCCCUCUCCCUCUGCACCUGCCGCCCAUGUCAUCGCCCGCCGCAAAUCCCCCAGUCCAAGCCCCUCCCGGUCCGAGCGGAGGAGGCCCUCCCCCCAUCACAUCGCUAUUCGGCCCUCUGCUCAUCGGGAUCCUGCUGAACACACUCAUGUUUGGGGUUCUCAUCGUACAGACGUACAUCUACUACCACCAGUAUAAGAGCGACCGCCGCUGGUUCAAGAUUCUCGUCGCGUAUCUGCUCUUCAUGGAAACAGCAAAUUGGGUGUGCGACGUGGGAAUCGUCUACGAGCCGUUGAUUCUCCGCUAUGGAACUCCGGGUGCACUCAUCACAUCGCCCCUCAUGCUGAUCCCAGACGGUGCCAUGACGGUGCUCAUCUCCACCCCCAUCCAGAUAUUCAUGGCGUGGCGCAUCCACGUCGUAACGCACCACUGGCUCGUGCCCAGCCUGAUCGUUGCGACCGCGCUCGGAUCGCUCGCGGGCGGGCUGGGGCUCACCGUCGUUGUCGCAGGGCACCGCGACUUCGCGAGCUUCGCGUCGUUCAAGCCGGAGGUCAUCACGUGGCUCGGAUGCAGUGCGGCGUGCGAUGUGUUCCUCACGGCGUCGCUGGUUUUGUCGCUGUGGAAUCGCCGCGGCGGGAUCGCAUCGGCGUCGGAUGCCAAUUAUAUAAACCGGAUCAUCCGGCUUACCGUCCAGACGGGUUUCAUGACAGCCACUGCGGCGCUGCUGGACUGCAUUAUCUACAUCGCACUGCCGGGGACCACCUACAACUUCAUCAUCGACUUCCCGCUGUCCAAGAUCUAUUCCAACACGCUGAUUAGCACGCUUAAUGCGCGGCCGUGGCGACAGGAAGGGCUGAAAGCCGACGAGCCGAAUGCGCUGUUCGAGCAGACGCCCGACGGGCACUCCCACUCGAGCAGCUUUGCGUUGGCGAGUCGUGAUCGCAGGAGUGCGCACGUGAUCGUGAGCCGGUCGACGCAGGCCUUCUCCGACGCACUGCCCCUCGACAGCGUCUCCCGGUCGAAGUACGCUAUGACGCCGGAUGCAGAUAGCGGCUAUGCGCUCGACGAUGCGUCGUCCCAGACCAAGUCGCAGCCGAGAUUCCAGCCAGACGCCCCGACGAGGGUGCAUUAUCCACCGCGUAGGGACGAGCAUUCGGGUUGGGCGGAGCCUUGAACCUCUCGUUGUAAAAUAAUAAUCGCUCGGCCAGAACCUAUGCUACUUAUUGCAUACGACAGUAUUUAUACCGCUGGUAUUUUACCAAAAAGUACAUAUUUGAUGGCGGCAUCCCGGCACGUGCUUGACCACUGAUGCCAAAUACUGCCGGAGCAGUCUUGGUUCUGGGGGCGGCAGAAGUACAGCCCUCGGUACAUAUCCAUGGGGCUCCCGGAAGCUCCGCUUUUCCAAAUGCGUACAGGCGACUCCAAAAUCGAUUGACAUUAAUUUUCAAUGUUUC